AGCAUUUUCAUCGUGUAUAAUGCGCUAAAUUCAUUUAACCUUUAAACUUUUAACUUAUCUUAAAGAUACUGUUACUAUAUUGUGUGUGUUCUUUCAGCGUCGAAAAUUAAAAUACUGAAUGGCAAUGAGUACUACGCUAGACUUUUACAGGAAACAUUCUACGAGAUCGAAGAAAGAUGCUUCUGCAAUUUAAAACUGACGGACUUUAACCAAACACUGAAUGAAAACCUUUACAACUGGCAUGUGGUUGGACAUGCCUAUUACACCAAUGGUUUCGUCGUCUCCCUUGAGAGAAUCUCAUUGACUGGCCAGCAGACUUCCGCUCAUUAUUCCAAUAGUGGCGUCACCACAGCAUCUUUCGUCGCCAUUAUCAACAUGUUUAACGUCAAAAUUGGGUAUGACAUCACUGCCGUCCUGGAUAAAGAAGGCACUCACAGGUUCACCGGUAUCUAUAACCACAACUUACUGCAGCUGACAUUGACCCUUACGAAAAAUUUAGCCUCGGGAGAGUUUACAGCGGAGUCAUCAAGGUUAUCUGUUUCUGGUGGUAGUGGUGUCAGAAUGGUUUACAUGCCAGAAAGUAGCAUCAGUGAAGUAUUGUCAAGACGGUUUUUAGCAUCAAGUACGAUGGAUAAUCUCAGAACAUGGACAAAUAAUAUAAUAAUACCGAUUUUAUUUGAAAAAACGAAAACGAUCGAGUUCCCCGGCUAUUGCGUGCAUUGUUGAAUUUAUGGACUAUUAAACAAUUUAUUACAAGAUAUUUAAAUUAUUUCUCCCUGACAUAACGAACCUUCUAAUUCAAAUACAUUGAUCAGUCUAACUGAGCUAUAUUGGAUACCUU